AUGGAACUCCUAAAACUGGAAACUGAUCAUCUUGUAAUAAUAUCGGCAUACAAACCGUCAAAUGCGGAGUUCCGAUGGCCAUCAGACUUCGAUGUAUCUUGCAAGAGCCACUUGGUAAUUGGGGAAUUCAACAGCCACAGUACCCAAUGGGGAUAUAAUGAAGAUAACCAAAAUGGAGAAAAUGCCAUCAUGUGGGCCAUCAAUAAUGACCUAACGCUCUUAUAUGAGAGCAAAGAUCCUCCCACCUUCUCCAGUGCCCGUUGGAAGAGAGGAUAUAACCCAGACUUAGUCUUGAUAUCAAAUAACAGGAGGCAGGUGUUUCAGAGAAAUGUUCUGGAUCACAUCCCCAGAUCCCAGCACCGUCAUGUAGAAGUUUAA